AUGAAACAACGUCUCAAUUACCACCAUCACAACUACCACCACAGCUACCCUCAUCACCACCACCAUCACAACUACCACUACCACAGCUACCCUCAUCACCACCAUCACCACAGCCACCAUCAUCAUCACCACCACCUACCUUCAUCACCACCAUCACCACCAUCACCACCAUCACCACCAUCACCACCAUCACCACCAUCAUCAUUAUCAUCACCAUAA